UGUCAAGAUCACAUUCCUCACCAAGCAAAUACUUGACAUCUUUAGCUAAGCAUCAAUAAUAAUUAUUCAAAAUGGUUCUCCAAAAUCAACUUGGGUUGAACAAGCAUCAAUCAUACUCUCACGAGAAAAACUACUAUGCUGAUAGCAGCCACGGCCAAAUGAUGAGGCCUUCAGGUUAUUGUUCAACUAUGCCAUUUUCUCAUCCCACUAACAAUAAUCACAUGAUGAUGGGACAACACCAUAGUGGAUAUUAUGAAAGCCAUGGUCAUGGCCAUGGCAACUAUGGAAGUCAUGGGCAUAUGCCACAUGAUUCAACCAACUUUUCAAGUAGCCCGACCAUGGUCCAUAGUGAUGGUGGCUAUGGUGGUGGAAUGCAACAAUCAUCCCAUGCCCAUAUGUCGUCCAUGUCCAUGGGACAUCAUGGUCGUGUUCAUGGCCAUGGGCAUGGUUAUGGUGGCAGUCACCAAAACAGCUACAGUCAAAAGACCAACUGGGCUCUCAAAAACUUGGAUGAUUAAAUUUGACGCGCAUAUAUAUCAUGUGGUGAAAGUAAUAUUGUGUGUGUAUAAGGUACUUUGGCUAUAUGUAGCACAAAGGUUUCCUACCUAAAUAAGUAAUGUACUGAACAAUAUGCUGCUAUAUGCUUAAUUUAAAUUAUCUAUGUAUCUGCUUUAUCAUGACUAAAAUGAUGAAUAAUUAAAAGUAUAUUAUUAUUAAAAUGA